UCGCUCUGGCUGAGGUUCCGAGAAUGGCCUGGAAGGAGGUCCCAGCUGGAGAAGCGUGGCUCCGGGGGGCGCGCAGGGCGAGCCCGGGCGGGCGCUGCCUAACAAGCAGGUUUGGGGAGACUGAAACCUUAGAUUCCAAGUUUUUAAGCUUGUCUUCUCAAAGCGGGGAACCCAGGAACGUUUCGUGAGCACCUACUGUGUGCAGGGCACGGUGCAGAGCCCUAGGGUCACUGACUUGACCAGGACAGCCGAACAGCUGCAGGAUCCGUCGUGUUCUCCAGCAAUUUUAAUAUUUAAAAAUGAGUUACUGUUGCUGUUAUUUGUUUUCCGCGUAUUGGAUGUCUUCAUGACGAAUCCUCAGUGGGGCAACAAACUCCUCACCGCCCGCGACCGCCCCGCAGUCUGAGCCCAGCUUCCGGCGCAGCCAGCCAGGUCCUCCAGGACACCGAGAGAGCCGGCCAGAGCGGCGACGUCUGACGGCGCCGCGGAACUGACGGUCUGUGUACGCAGGGGAGCUCGGUGGCAGAGGCGGCUUUAAGCGUCAUCGCGGGCGCGACGCCCGAGGGACAGUCUGGGCUCUGGCUGUCCGGAAGGUGCGGCGAGACCGGCCGGGAAGAUGCCAGUGGCGGUGAUGGCGGAAAGUGCCUUCAGUUUCAAAAAGUUGCUGGAUCAGUGCGAGAACCAGGAGCUCGAGGCUCCUGGAGGAAUUGCUACACCCCCAGUGUAUGGUCAGCUUCUAGCUUUAUAUUUGCUCCAUAAUGACAUGAAUAAUGCAAGAUACCUUUGGAAAAGAAUACCACCUGCUAUAAAAUCUGCAAAUUCUGAACUUGGGGGAAUUUGGUCAGUAGGACAAAGAAUCUGGCAGAGAGAUUUCCCUGGGAUCUAUACAACCAUCAACGCUCACCAGUGGUCUGAGACGGUCCAGCCAAUUAUGGAAGCACUUAGAGAUGCAACAAGGAGACGAGCCUUUGCCCUGGUCUCUCAAGCGUAUACUUCAAUAAUUGCUGAUGAUUUUGCAGCCUUUGUGGGACUCCCUGUAGAAGAGGCUGUGAAAGGUAUAUUAGAACAAGGAUGGCAAGCUGAUUCCACCACAAGAAUGGUUCUGCCCAGAAAGCCAGUUGCAGGGGCCCUUGAUGUUUCCUUUAACAAGUUUAUUCCCUUAUCAGAGCCUGCUCCAAUUCCCCCAAUACCCAAUGAACAGCAGUUAGCCAGACUGACGGAUUAUGUGGCUUUCCUUGAAAACUGAAUUCUCGCUCUGAGUUCAAGAUUCAUCUUCAGAUUCCUGUAUACUGACAAAUACAGAAAUGUAAAGUUUGUAUUUUCAAUUUAUUGGAUGGAUUAAGCACCUCAGCAUUCCUUACCGAGUAUGUGAUAAAAUACAUAUAUAAUAUAAAAUAUACUAUAUACAUUUUGUCCUUCAACAUUAUGCAGAACAGUUGCUGAAACAGUUCUCAGUUUGUAAUAUUUAAUAAUCUGGAUGGAGCCUGUCAGUAUUACAGUUAGUUUGUUUUCUAGUGACUCAUAAAAUAAGAUUUCCUGUUUCAUGUAGAAUAGUGUUUGUCAACUGUCUUUUCUCUGCCCCAGCACAUGCCACACUCUUAUCUGUACCAUUGGUUGAUAGUUGCAAUAAUUCAUUUGGAUUUGAAGAAAGACUGCCCCCAGGCACAGUAUUUGAAUUGCUGGGGAUUCUGAUUCACCCUCUUUGGAGAAUAUACUUUCUUUUCACCCCCCACGUCCUGAGAGCCACUAAUGUAAAAUACAGAAACAUAGGUGAGGAACAAAUAGACCAUUUCCAUACUAAACCAAUUUGUUAACUUUAGAUUUCUUCCGAUAGUGUGACUAUCCAUUGCUGGCAGUGGAGGGCUUGCCAUGGAAAUGCAGCCUAUUUAAGGCAUUCAUGAGAAGUAUUAAGUUGUGCUGUCUCCUUUUACAAGGGAAAACUUAAGUGUGGAAUGCAUUCUAUGGGGAAAGAAGCUAUGAAGAUGCAUGAGACACUUUGUACAACUAUCCUGCAGCCCAUUGGUUGCUUCUAUUUAUCCCUUGGCCCAAGUUCUGCCCUUUGGAGAAAUGCUGAGCAAGUCUUUUAUUCUCUGUGUGACAGCCCUCUGAAUAUUUGAAGUUCUUUGUUGUAACUUCAGAUUAUAACAGCCCUUAGUUCAUUUAUUCUGCAUUUGUUCAAUAAAUAUUUAACUGAAUUCUUCAACUAUUUCAU